UUUUUGAAUAUGGUAUUUUUUUGGCGCGGUCUCACUGAAUAGCCCACUCGUAUGUGGUGAUGUGUAAAAACCAAAAUUUUGAAUACAAUAUUCAUCCGGUGAGACAGGAAGAUCCCAAUUGGAAUACCCCCGAAGACGAGCGGCCUACAUUAUGAACUACAAUCCGAACGCGGGUAUGCGGAACCGUAAGUGGGAGAACUCAUCAGCUGCUGGUCGCCCGCGGCCCCCCAAGCGUGUGAGCGAUGUUAACGCCAUGGGCCCCUCGGCUCCCAGUUCGAGCUUUAUGGCUCCACAGGCCGGACCUGGGAUGCUCGAUCCCAACAUGUACGCCGCUCCCCAGGCUCCGUUGGCUCAGCCCAACAGCUACGGCUUUAACUUAAAUCCUUCCCAGCAGCCGCAGCAGCCGCCUCAGCAGCAGAACCCACAACAGAACUUUGGCUAUGCUCCACUGCCUACUCAACCGUCGCCAGCGCCGGCACCGGGAGCCCCACCCGCCUAUGGAUUAGCGCCUCCCGGACAACCUGGAGCUGGAGCGGUGCCGCCCGGGCAGUACCCACAGUUUGCAAUGUUUCAGCAACCCAUCGUCCAGGACAUGGCUAUGCAAUAUGGCCAGCGGCUAGCAGACCAAGGCAAGCAGCUGGUGGAGAAUCAGUUCGAAAAGUGGGUGCCUGUGGCCAAGCUGAAGUACUACUUUGCGGUGGACAAUGCAUACGUGGGCCGUAAGCUGCGUCUUCUCUUCUUCCCUUAUAUACACAAGGAUUGGUCUCUGAGGUACGAUCAGGAGCACCCAGUACAGCCGCGCUACGACGUGAAUGCCCCGGAUCUUUACCUUCCCACCAUGGGCUACAUAACUUACGUGAUUGUGGCCGGACUGCUGCUUGGAAUGCAGAAGCGCUUCUCCCCGGAGCAGCUCGGCAUCCAGGCUUCCAGUGCCAUGGCGUACAGCAUCUUCGAACUGGUUAUUUACUCCAUUGCCCUGUAUGUGAUGAACGUGAAGACGAGCCUCAAGACGCUGGACCUUCUGGCCUUUACGGGAUAUAAGUACGUGAACAUAGUAGUUUGCCUGAUGGUCAGCACGCUCUUCUUUAAGUCUGGAUACUACAUAGCCCUGGCGUAUACAAGUUUCUCAUUUGGAUUCUUCCUGCUUCGGACUUUGCGAACAAAAUUGCUGCAGGAUAACUCCCCAGCUGCACCCAGUGGAGCUAUAAACUAUGAUCCUUACGGCAAUCCCCAGCAGUUUGACUACAGCGGCGGAAAGAAGCGAAAACUUUACUUCCUGUUCAUGGUCGUGGUGGGUCAAGCACUGUUUGCCUUCCUCCUCUCCAAGCAUUUGUAUCUGCCAGAGGCAGAGAUUCUGGCUGCGCCGAAGACCUUUUGAACUGCACUCGGAUCCGAAGCUUGACUUGCAGACUCAUUGAUAUAACCUGGCUCAGAUACGUACUCGAAAGCCAAGGCUAUCAUCAUUCCCAGCAUGUUGAGUCCUCUCAAUCGGUCGGUCGAGAUUCGCGCCAGAGAACAUAUUUUUGUUAGAAAAACACACAUUUUAUAAAUAAAUAUCAGCUAUGAAAAGGA